AUGACCAACGAGGUGUACAAGUGGCCAAUCCAAAGUCGUCGGAAGAAAAGAGAACCUGCGGCGCCAAAGUGCCUCAAACGGCCGCCGCCAUCAGUGCUGCCCGGCGCAAAUAAGCGUCAGAAGCCGUCUGCAGCAAGCCCAGCCACACUUCUUGGGCCGACACAGGCCGCAGAUCGUGUGGCCGUCAAAGACUCGGAGCAUCUUCACACUCUGGCUCAACGUUUGGCUACCGGGCGGACUGACGCAGUGCUCCUUCAAAUCCUACACGCGAAUCCAUUCAAGAAGACUUUGCUCGACAAGCCGCCGUCCAUUACAGGUGGUCAGCCAUGCAGAGGCAUGACCGCAGACCUACAUGGAUCGACUGUCUUUGUGUUGGAUACUUUCAUGCGCCGAGGCACUCUUCAUGCAGACGUGGCACAUGUGCGUGCAAGGGACAAGCGAAACACAGCAGCGAACUCCAGCACUAGUUUUUCUCUCGGAACACUUUCAACAGUCAAAGUUCAAGAUCUGUCCAACACAAGAGUCGAGCUUGUGGUGACCACAGUUCACGGGCGAGAUGUCCAUCUGGAGAAAGUUGGAGGCAAGCUUCAAAACUUGGACCUGCUUCCCUUGCCGCUGCCAUCUAUGCAAGCGCCAACAUUGAAGGGUCCCAUGUCCAAUGGCGACAACGAAAUUGUCACCGUCGCACCCCAAGCCGCAUUACACCACACCCAGACAUUUGGUACAGCCAAAGAGCCCCAUAGAACUGAGCCAAGAGCAGACAAGAUGUGGUCAGGUUGGAUUCUGGACGUGCCGCACUCUGUGCAGUUUUGCGCGCAGCCACAUCGAUGUGUUACGUGCAAGGGAAGCGGUGGAGCAAAAGUUGAGGACAAGGGGAAUUACCAGGUCACAGAUGCUGAUGUGCUUCGAGCUUUUCCAAAUGUCAUUGUUGUUAAAGCGCCGCAGCAAAAGAGGCAUUUCAUGACCAGGCGCUACUUGCUGGAGAUCUUGCUGCAUUUCUAUAGUUCUCUCAAUUGCAGAGAAAUCCGUCGCAAGCUCAUGGAUGUUUGCGCUGCGCAGACAUUGCAUGCUGAUUUGCUCUGGCAGGCGCAUGCGACACCGAAGGCCGAAGUUCUGCGGUGGACAGUCCGGCAAGCCUUUGGUAAAACCUUGGGAAACAUUGUUGAGUCUCUGCAAUCCAAGCUCUUUGUCUACAACGGGCAAGGUAUACGUCACGAUGGCAACAUGAAAUUGGCCAAACGAGUGAUGGUGCCUAAGGAGAGGAUCUUCCCUCGCUUGGGUCGGAAACGACGCAUCCUCGGCAGUCGCAAGAGGUUCGGGCGGGUCGUCCUCGCUUUCACAGGUGUCGAUGGCAGUUUAUUAGCCCCACCAUGCAUCGUAAAGACCGAGUCCAACAAGGAAAUUGCAGCAACCUUGCGGCCCCUGCUGUUGCAGCUCAAGCACUCACGCUUGCGCGCAGGAUGUACAAUCGAGCAGUCCAUACCCGUGUUCCACGCUACAGACAACUACAGGGGUCAACGUCUGUGUCUAGCAAAACUCUAUCGAGAGCUCUGGCCUGACCUUCGAGUGCAGUCCUGGUCCCGCACCAGGAAAGGCGAUGCUGUUCGACGACAAGACCUACCCGUGGGCUGCACCAUCGUCGGCGACCCCCAGCAUGAUUGCAUCAACUUGGCCAAGGUCUUGCAUUUUCGCGCAAGCGACAAAGAGAACCUCAUGGAAGAUCACGCCGAAACAAUGCACCGCUUGGCAGCCCCAGAUUACCCAGGUAGGGCGUACGCCUUGCCUGUCCCUGAGCGACAGCUUUCCAAGGAGGCUGUUGCCUUGUUGUGGAGUGCAUGCAUCGAUCCAUGGCCCAAAUGGCAAAACGUCUUCCAACAUUCCACAGAAGGUGUUAUACAAGAAGCCAAGAAUUUUCUCACUUUACCUCGGGUCCAAGAAUGCAAAGCUUGGCUGCCUGCCUUCAAAGGGUUUCCACCAAGACGGACCUUGGGGCGGAUCGCCAAACGCUUCGGAGCCGACCUGCAUCCAACUUGCCAGCCUUUCGGAUUCGAAAGUGAGAAGGAAUUUCGAAAGGAGAUUCGGCGUAUCAUGCGUUGGUACAAGCAUGGCAAAAAAAGCAUGCGCAAGAAUCGAAACUUACCGAGGAAGGACAAUGUACCCGAAUAUACGAAGGGGUUGAAAACAACUUUCACGAAAAAAGUGCGAACGCACUUCCGGAGGCUGCUGGGCCCCAUCCGGCAGGAAGGCCUUUGGGCCUGGCGAGCCAUGAGCCGCGCUCUCCGCAAGGCCAGCAUCUGCCAACAGAGCCUCGGCUACUCACAAACUAGCCUGCAAACUCCUUCUGGGGCAGCUGGAGCCAAUGCCGCAGAAGAAACCAGACAACAACGCCUGACAGGCACUGCUUCCUCCGUUGAAGCCAGUGCCACAAACGUGCUCCAACACAGCAUUGCCUUGUCGCACAUGCAAUGGAGAACCCACUACAAUGAGUUUCUUCCAAUGAUGCCCCGGGGACAAGGGAGGAAGAAGGAGAAUGAAUUUAUUGCUACAAUCUACAGACAUGUACUGAGCGGCACAGUCUCGGUGGAACGUGUGUGGAGCUAUUUCCUCUCCGAAUUUCCAAGGGCCAACAGAUGUAUGAGCAAAUCCUAUUUUGACCUCAUGGCAGCUUUGCUCUGGAUUCGACACAUUCUGCGACAUGCUCGUGCAGACAGGUUGCUGAUUGCAAUGUGUGAAUCAGAAGGAGCAGACGAGUCAGCAGGUCAGCCCGAGACCAAACCUGAGAGUGGUCUUGCAGGAGCGCUGUCAACCCCAGAGACUGCAUCCAGGCCGCCGCAUUCGCCCGCUCCGGCAUCAACAAGCGACGGCAUUGCCCGCAGAUUGUCCUUUUCAUCACCCAGCGGAAUGCCCACUCCUCCCCCACAGGAACCGCGAGAGGAGAUCCCGUCGCCACCCUUGCCGUCGCCAACGCCGCCCGACUUCGAGACUCCACCGCAAGCAGGCUUGCCCAAAGCCGAAUCAAGCAAAUGGGGCGUCACCUUUCACGCACCCAAGAACAAAGCGCAAUCAAUCCAGGAACCCGUCGAGCCUUUCCUGGCCAAGUUGCACAACGCGCAAGAUGAAGACCAGGUGCUGGAUGUGCUGUGGCCCCCCUACUUGUUUCAAAACAUGAGGACCUGCGAUGAAAUCUUUGACACAAUUCAAUCCAAACUCAGCGAAAUCUGGCAAGAUACAAGAACACACAGGGAAAUCGCCUUGGAUUCAGAGUUCACACUUGCCAAAGUGUUUCCCAGACCGUUCUACAAGGCAGCGGAGGCCGUCGCUCUGCACAACGGAUGGCAUUUGGAAAGCUUCAUGUUGUCACUCCUCAAUAAUUUGCCGUUCAUUGAACACAGGGCCACACGUCUGACUCCAACAGCCGGGAAACAAUUGGAGCAACUCGUGCAGAUUCCUGCCGUGACUUCUUCGGCCCCGCCGCCAAAAGAUGGAGACACGGAAAGCAAUGGUGCAAAGCGUAGGAAGACCGAGGACACAGAGGAAAGCAACGAGCAAGCAGAAGCCCGUGAUGCCCAAGAUCCCGACCUCCAGGCAUGGCUCCAAGAAGCCAGCAAGAUGUAUGGAGCUGACGGCCUCUUGUCUGUGAAGCCAGGUGAAUAUGUCCACCAGAUAAGCCCUGGCAUCCCAGUGAUGCUUGCAGGGCCGGCCAGCAGCAGGAAGAGUUCCCAGUGUGAGUUCACCCGAAGCUUGCUUCAGGAUUCGCGAUUCGCACCAGACGAAAUGAAGCAGUGCAGCCUGGUGGAGGCCACGCUCAGAGGAGCGGAAGCAGAUUCCAAGAUUACUGGCCAAGAACGCAUAGGAUUGACUUGCUACAAAGCCUUGGUGAAGCUCUAUGGCCAAGUGGAAGCAUGCGAGUGGAGCUUGAAACCAACACCGAACGGGUUCCCAAAGCGCAUGUCGGUGGCGUUUAGUGGCCCGCGCAAUCCGCAGGAUGAGGAUUGCGGAGAAAAAAUGAACACUGGCAUCUUGCAGUCUCUACAUGACUGGCUUCUCGGAAAGGUGUCCAACAAACUUUGUCGGGUGGCAGAGAUCUUAAAGACAGUCAGGUCAGCUACCAAUGAAUGGCUGGACAAGAAAACUGAGGAAUGGAAGGACAUAGACAAAAGCUGGGCAACAAAGCUCUCUUUCAUGACCAGCGACAUCAUCCGCUUUGCCGCGGUCAAUAUGCGCAUUGCAGAAUUCUUUGAAGCAAUGACUCCUGCUUUCAAGGAGAAAGACACCACGACAAGAGUGACCUUCAACCACUUCGAGGUGGUGGCCGCCUGUUGGCUUUGGCUGCGCCAAGUGCACCUUGUCAGAGGCGCCUUGAACGCAUUGACAGGUUUGGCCAACUUCAUGGACUCCAUGGAAGGCAAGUUGGACUUCAAAGAACGGAGUCUCGCAAACGAAAUGGUCAAAGCGCAGCCACAAGAGUCCAAAAGAGCACCGUGCUUGACAGGUGAAGACUUGUUGAUGCACCAAAUCAUGGAAUUACCAUGCACUUCAGGAGGAGUGGAAUUCAACACCAGCCAGAUCAGGGAAAAGAUACGCAACAAGUAUCGAAGUGAUAACAAAAUUGCAGAGAAGAUCUUGGCCGCGGUACAAAAACUUGAAGACAACGGGUUGUUACUGAUGAAAAGACACGAAAAACCCAACAGAGGCGGCCGCAAAGUUCAGACAUAUGCAAAGCCAACUUUGAGCCAGGUGGAAGCCAACCAAAAGGCCACGGAAGAGCGCAUGCGCUUGAAUAUCGGAAAAGACCUACCCGUGGGCUGCACCAUCGUCGGCGACCCCCAGCAUGAUUGCAUCAACUUGGCCAAGGUCUUGCAUUUUCGCGCAAGCGACAAAGAGAACCUCAUGGAAGAUCACGCCGAAACAAUGCACCGCUUGGCAGCCCCAGAUUACCCAGGUAGGGCGUACGCCUUGCCUGUCCCUGAGCGACAGCUUUCCAAGGAGGCUGUUGCCUUGUUGUGGAGUGCAUGCAUCGAUCCAUGGCCCAAAUGGCAAAACGUCUUCCAACAUUCCACAGAAGGUGUUAUACAAGAAGCCAAGAAUUUUCUCACUUUACCUCGGGUCCAAGAAUGCAAAGCUUGGCUGCCUGCCUUCAAAGGGUUUCCACCAAGACGGACCUUGGGGCGGAUCGCCAAACGCUUCGGAGCCGACCUGCAUCCAACUUGCCAGCCUUUCGGAUUCGAAAGUGAGAAGGAAUUUCGAAAGGAGAUUCGGCGUAUCAUGCGUUGGUACAAGCAUGGCAAAAAAAGCAUGCGCAAGAAUCGAAACUUACCGAGGCUGCUGGGCCCCAUCCGGCAGGAAGGCCUUUGGGCCUGGCGAGCCAUGAGCCGCGCUCUCCGCAAGGCCAGCAUCUGCCAACAGAGCGGCACAGUCUCGGUGGAACGUGUGUGGAGCUAUUUCCUCUCCGAAUUUCCAAGGGCCAACAGAUGUAUGAGCAAAUCCUAUUUUGACCUCAUGGCAGCUUUGCUCUGGAUUCGACACAUUCUGCGACAUGCUCGUGCAGACAGGUUGCCCACAUGGUUGGAAGGAGAUGGGUUGGCUGCUACUAAGAUCGAUACAGUUCUUUCUUUGGCGCGUGCUUGCAUGGAUGAUGAAGAUUCAGAAAUUUUGGAUUUUGGCAGUGUCUUCCAGUGA